AUGCCGCCCCCAGAUUACCAGAAUGAACAAGUCUUUCAGAGGAACCGCCUGCCUCCUCGAGCGUAUCACCUCCCGCCGGACAGGGUCCUGCUGACGGGCACGUGGGAUUUUCAUUACGCCUCCACUCCUCUGCACGCCCCAGAUCCUGUCACAACAUCGCGGGCAAGCUUCACGCCGGAAAGUUCUUCUUCCGACCUCGAGGGCAUUGAUCUGACUCCCGACGCUCCGGCUGAGUGGCGUUCCAUCGAUGUACCCGGUCACUGGCAACUUCAAGGCUACGAACGUCCACAGUAUACUAACGUCGUCUAUCCCUUCCCAGUAUGUCCGCCACAUGUGCCGACCGAGAACCCCACCGGAUCUUAUAGGCGGCGAUUUACCGUGCCCCACACUUGGGACCCGUCCUCCACAAUCCUCCUGCGAUUCGAGGGCGUGGAUUCCGCCUUCCAUCUAUGGCUAAAUGGCCAGGCUGUCGGCUACCACCAGGGCUCACGAAAUUCGAGCGAAUUCGAUAUCACUGAUCUUGUGCAAGGAGAUGUCGCCAAUGAAGUGUUCGUGAAAGUCUAUCAGUGGAGCGAUGGAUCGUACAUCGAAGACCAAGACCAAUGGUGGCUCUCCGGCAUCUUCAGAGAUGUGUACUUGCUAGCGCUGCCAUCCUCGAGAAUUGAAGACCACUUUGUAAAGACCCAUCUGGACGCGGAAUACCGGGAUGCCACGCUUGAAGUCGUCCUGGAGGUCAACUUACAACACGAAGCCGACAUCGCCCUCUCGCUACGAGACCCAUCGAAGAACUCACAGAUUGUGCAGCACACCGCAUUCUCCUCAUCCACCAAGCUUGGCCAGGUGUCGCACAGCAUUCAUGUCUCCAAUCCAAAGAAAUGGACUGCCGAAACCCCACACCUCUACGACUUGGAAAUCACCCUCACAUCCCGCUCUGAUCGAAAGCAGAUCCAACAGCUCCACCAGCGAGUCGGGUUCCGUCAAGUCGAGAUCAAGAACGGCCUGCUGCGGGUGAAUGGAAAAGCCAUUCUCCUUCAGGGCGUGAAUCGCCACGACCACCACCCACACUUUGGCCGCGCUGUCCCACUCUCUUUCAUCCGUCAGGAUCUUCUCCAAAUGAAGCGUCACAACAUCAAUGCCCUUCGAACCUCACAUUACCCCCCAGAUCCACGGAUGCUGGACCUCUGCGACGAGCUGGGACUAUGGGUCAUGGACGAAGCCGAUCUCGAAUGCCAUGGUUUCUACGACGCCGUUGCUCGCCCACUCGACAUCCCAGAAGGCAUGGACUACGGAGAGAGGAAGAAGCUUACCUUUCCCAAGGCUGCGAGUUUCACCUCUGACAAUCCGGCCUGGGAGGCGGCGUACCUCGACCGCAUGAAGUGCCUUGUCCAGCGCGACAAGAACCACGCCUCGGUCAUCAUGUGGUCGCUGGGGAAUGAAUCAUUCUACGGGCGGAACCACAAGGCCAUGUACGACUAUGUCAAGUCUGUCGAUCCCUCCCGGCCGGUGCAUUAUGAAGGCGAUGCGAAGGCGUUGUCCGCAGAUGUGUUCAGCUACAUGUAUCCCUCCGUCGAGACGUUGAUCAAGUUGUGUAAGGAAGAAGGGGUGGUGGAUGGCAAGUACGACAAACCCGUUGUGCUUUGCGAGUACGCUCACGCCAUGGGCAACGGUCCAGGCAAUCUCGAGGGCUAUCAAAAGGCCUUCCGUGAGCAUCCUCGACUGCAAGGCGGCUUCAUCUGGGAGUGGGCGAAUCACGGGCUAUUGACCGAGGGCAAGGACGGGAAGAAAUUCUACGGUUACGGCGGAGAUUUCGGUGAUGUGCCCAACGACGACACUUUCGUGAUGGACGGUCUUUGCUUCAGCGACCACACGCCCACGCCGGGGUUGGUGGAGCUCAAGAAGGUCAUUGAGCCUGUGAGGAUAGAAGUCAUCGGAAAAAAGCUUCAUCUGCAAAACUGCUACGACUUCAUCGGACUGGAUCAUCUCACCGCGAUCUACAAGGUCGAGAAUGCCACCCUGAUCUCCUCCGGAGUCUUGGAGCUACCAGAAAUCCGACCUGGCGAAUGCGGCUCCAUCUCUCUGCCCACGAACGUAGCAGGAACAUUGGUGGAUGGAGAAGUCUGGCUGACAGUCAGUCUUCGUCAAACAAAUGCAACAGCCUGGGCCGAUGCCGGUCACGAGAUUGCAUGGCAUCAACAUGCGCUUUCUCACGAUCCAGCGAUAAAGGACGUCUCGCUUGUCAGGGCUUGGCCACACCGUCUCAAUAUCCACCAGUCUCAGACCGUUUGCGUCAUUGGCAACGACGGCUUCCGGGUCACUUUCGACGCAGCCAGGGGCCACAUACAAUCAUGGACGGUAGACGGCAAGGACGUUCUCGUGUCCGACUCGCCAGGCCUGCCCGCCCUCAUCCCCAGCUUCUGGAGAGCACCGACCGACAAUGAUCGGCCUACGACCGACCCAUACUGGAAGCGCUUCGGUCUCGACUCGAUGACCUCCCAACUCCGGUCGAUGGAAGUGAAGCGCCUCUCCCCAGACGAGGUGCAAGUCACCAGCACAUUGUACCUUAGCCCGCCAAUCCUGUACUCUGGCUUUGAUGCAAUCAUGCAGUACAACAUAACGGCAGAUGGCGCCAUCGAUAUCAAGGCAAAGCUCAAGCCCCAUGGCUCCAAUCCAGCGACCUUGCCGCGCAUCGGUCUGGAUCUCAAGCUCAACAAGAAGCUUGCCGAAGCGAAGUACUUUGGCCCCGGACCCGGUGAAUCUUACCCUGAUAAGAAAGCUUCGCAGAAGAUGGGAAUCUACACCUCGCCGGUCAAAGAUUUGUUCACCAAUUACGAAGUCCCGCAAGAAUCAGGCAACCGGAUGGACACGAGAUGGGUUCAGCUGGUGAACGAAUCCGGCUUUGGUGUGCGAGCCACCAGACUAGACGAUGUGCACGAGUUCUCCUGGGCCGCGGGCUACUACUCGCCUGCCGUGUUGGACCAGGCGCGGCACCCGUGUGAUUUGGUGGAGGAGCAAGUGUGUUUGGCUAGAUUGGAUGUUGCUACUUCAGGCGUAGGAACGGGAGCUUGUGGGCCGGGGAUUGGAGAGGAUGUGCAAGUCAAGUGCGAGGAGGUGGAGUUUGCUUUUCGUCUGCAGAGUAUUGCUAGAUAG